AUGAGGUCUUCCCGGCGAAUACUACUACUGCCCCGCGUAGGCGACGCGGCAACAACAACAACAACAACAGCACGUCGCAUUCUCAGACCCGAGCAGAAGCCCUCUCCCCUCGCUACCGCGCGAGCGGCUCUCUCAACCGCACCUCGUCCUCGUCCUCUGAUUCGGAGUCGGAGUCGGAGCAGUGCCUCGGCGGCCAACCGAGGCCCGCCGGAAGCACUCGAUGCCGACGCCGCUGCUCUCCGGGUGGGGAACCCGCCUACAUACAUAGGCACGACGAAGCGGCUGCCAGAGUUCAACCUGGUAGACAAGGUUGUGCUGGUAUCCGGUGCUGCGCGGGGGCUGGGGCUGGUGCAAGCGGAGGCUCUGCUCGAAGCGGGAGCCAUCGUCUACGCACUCGACCGCCUUGAGAGUCCCUCCCCGGACUUUCUGCGGAUCCAGAAGCGCGCCGCGGACGAGCUGGGUACCACGCUCGCUUACCGCCGUAUCGACGUCCGGGAUGUGGCAGAGCUGAAUGCGGUUGUGGAAGAGAUAGCCACCGGGCACGGGCGCCUCGACGGCCUCAUAGCCGCCGCCGGCAUCCAGCACGAAACGUCUGCUUUGGAGUACACCGCCAAAGACUGCGAUGCGAUGAUGAGUGUGAAUGUCACGGGCUGCUUCAUGACGGCGCAGGCAGCUGCCAGACAGAUGAUUCGAUUUGGGAACGGGGGGAGCAUUGUGAUGAUUGCCAGUAUGAGUGGCAGUGUUGCGAAUCGGGUAGCCGUCAUCCAACUCGCGCGCAACCUCGCGUCCGAGUGGGGCGGGCACGGGAUCCGCGUGAACACCAUCUCGCCGGGCUACAUCGUCACCGCCAUGGUGGAGGCCCUGUUCGAGACCUUCCCGGAGCGGAAGGAGGAGUGGCCCAGGCAGAAUAUGCUGGGCCGCUUGAGCCGGCCGGAGGAGUAUCGCGGGGUGGCGGCCUUCUUGAUCAGCGAUGCGAGUAGUUUCAUGACGGGGAGUGACUUGAGGAUGGAUGGAGGGCACGCUGCUUGGUGA